AUGGCUAUCAUCAGUACAAUCCUGGAGUCGGCCUUCGGUAGCCCGACGGCGCAAACCCACCAUGGAGAUUUUAGGGCUGGAAUCCGGGAUGAAUUUGGGGAAUCAGAACAGGACCGCGGGUUGAAAAACGACCUCGCCAUUGUAUCACUUACCUUCGCUUCCAUCAGCCUCGUCCUCACUCUUUCGACCCUUUACUGGUUCGUGAAAAUGAGGAAGACGUUUCGGCAUGAACUGAUAGUGUUACUUAUUCAAAGUGACUUGAUCAAGUCAGUGUGGUUCGUCAUCCCCUCGAUUGCGCACCUACUUCGAGGACCAAUUCGCUCCGACUCUGCCUUUUGCCAAAUCGCCGGAUUCGGUCUCGCGCUAGGCAUCGAAGCAUCCGACAUCGCAGUUCUGCUCAUCGCCAUCCAUCUUCUGAUGACCAUUUUACGCCUUCGGACCGGCCUCUAUCGCUAUCGACACUGGGCAUACGGGGCCUACUACUUCUUCCCCGUGUUAUUUGCAAGCUUGGCUUUUGUGGACGGCACGGGAUAUCAGGAGGCUGGCCAUUAUUGCUACCUCCGGACAGACAAGAGUUGGGCACGGUUGGCCCUCAGUUGGGUCCCUCGCUACGUCAUCUGCUGCAGCAUCCUAGCCAUUUACUUCUUUGUUUACUUUUACGUUCGCAACAGAUUGGAGGAUUAUGGACGGAGAAGCUCGGGAAAUAUGAACCACCCGCGCUCCCGGGACACGCAUGACGUCCCUCCUACUCCCCAACUUAUCUCCCACGGAUUACUUGCAUCGCUACCAAACUCGCGAAGAGGAUCUGCAGCCGAGCAGAAUGUUACCGUCAAGGACCGUAACAGGUCUGUGUCGUCGAUCAGCACGGUCCAGUUCGAAUUGCAUGUGGACGAAGCUGGGGAGCCGCCAGCUAGCAGGUCAGGACGGUCAUCAAAGCACAGGCCGGCAAACAUGAACUGGAGUUGGCCUGGAUUCGUGCAGGCCCGAUCCUCCGGAGAAAACGGACGCUUGAUGGUGGAGGAUCCCGAUGACCCUUUGUCACAACCACUUCCUUCGCCACCGCUCCCGGUUCACUCUCCCGAGAGGCCACUUAGGGCCAGUCGGUCGGAUAAGUCAUCGGCCAGUCCUCGCUCCUAUUGGCAUAGGCCAGUCCCUUCCGAUUGCUCAACUGUGCACGGAAACCACGCAACCCAUGACUUGCCGCCAAGCUCCACCACCACGGUUAACCAAAGCACAUAUCACAUCGAUCUCACACUAACUCACAUCCUCACGAUGCUUCGCAAGGGACCUCCGCGAACAUCUGACAACCCUCCCACCACUCGGCCUUCCUCGAUUACCGUAUCGCCUGGUUCAAUUGGUGGCGACUCGGGCGUCACUCGCAACCGCGAGAGGGCCCGGCGUCAGCUCCGCGCGCUGUUUGCUUACCCACUAGUUUACAUGAUUGUCUGGAUAUUUCCCUUCCUCUCCCACGUGGUGGGCUACGACGACAAGGUCUCCUCUGGGGAUCCGCCGUGGCUCCUGUUCGUGAGCAUGGUCAGCCUCGGAAUCCAGGGCGCGGUCGACUGCACGCUUUUCACUAUGAGAGAGCAACCGUGGAAGUACGCGCAGGGGAACUUUUGCACUGCGCUGCGGGCACGGAUGCGGUUUAGUGGCAGCUGGAGAGACGUCGGGUUUGCGGGCAGGACACGGGAGGAGAUGUACCAUGACAGCCAGCUUGCGAGGAGAAGACGGGAGCAGGAAAUCGCGGACGAGAGAGCCCGACGCGCUGCUCACGAGUUCACUCAAGAGGGCGCCGAUGUUGAAGCUGCAGCUGGCGGUGCUAGAGCUGCUGUGACGAAGAAGACUGGAGCCGUUGAGUGGUGGGACACGGCCGAUUUGCUUGAUGGGAUGAUCGAUGACGAUGAAGAACUACGUGACGAUGCAGUUGAUGAUUUUUGGGCUCAGCUUUACCGGUUGAAUGGAGGCUGA